CUUUGAUUGCUAAUCUCUUCUUGCUGUUUCACGCACAAUUCAAGCCGAUCAAACGUAAAUCGGAGCACUGGCUACAACUUUUGUCGUUGCUUGUGAUUUCUCUGAGUCUCAUGUUGGGCACGUUGAUAACACUUCAGGAAGCGACAGCAGACAAUCUGACGACAUCGAAUGAUGUCAACGACAGACGCGUUUUCUCAAUCAUCUUGCUGUUGGUUCAUGCCUUCUUUGUGACAUAUCUUAUUGGUCGUUUAGUGUUUUCUGUCCAUGUUGCCAUUAAAAGAGUUCGCUCUUCCAACAGACGUGAUAAAUUGAUUGCUGACUUCUUUAUUUACCUCUUUACUGAUGAAGACUCUGCCGGUCGCAGUGAUCAUAAGGACGCAAUUCAAAAUAGAAAUGAAAUGUCCAAACUUACCUGAAGAUGUCACUUUAGGAUUCAAGAAGGACGAGUAGACUCGCAGUCAUCAAUUUAGUAAACGUAUAGAAUCCAUUGAGACAGUGGAAUUAGGUAAGUUGCA